AUGGAAGAAGUCAGGUGUGACAGUCCGGAGAAGCUUCGAGCUCUUCUGCCCAGAUUAGAGCAGGAUCUGAAAGACAGCGGAAAGUUCAAAGACUUCUACCAGUUCACCUUCAACUUUGCCAAGAAUCCUGGACAAAAAGGUUUAGAUUUAGAGAUGGCAGUAGCAUAUUGGAACCUGGUUCUGGUUGGACGUUUUAAGUUCCUAGACCUCUGGAACAGAUUUUUAUUGGAGCAUCAUAAGCGAUCAAUUCCCAAAGACACAUGGAACUUGCUCCUGGAUUUCGGCAACAUGAUUGCAGAUGACAUGUCAAACUAUGAUGAAGAAGGAGCAUGGCCUGUUCUCAUCGAUGACUUUGUGGAAUACGCUCGGCCAAUCGUGACGGGAUCAAAACGCAAAACUGUAUAGUAACACUGCCCCUGGGCGAGAACUCACGCCUUGGUCGCCUCAUUGACUUUGUAGUUUUUAUAAAGACUUGUAAGCAUUAUAAGAGAGAACUAAGAGAAACACUUGAAACCGACAAGCUUUGCAAAAGGAAAAACAGGAUGGAAAAGACGACUCAGACUUCCACACAUCACACAGGAAGGACAAGAGUGCGAAACUCAAGAUUUCUUAUAGAGCCAUCAAAUGCACAUGGUCAGCUAUAUUUGCACUGGCUACUCAAUUCUAGCCCGAAACCCUUGGAGAUUUUGGGUGGACAACUUCGAACCUAGUACCUCAUCUCCAUAGCAAUCAGUGUCACUCUAUAGGGCCGAGUCCUCAUUGCCUACCCACUCCUCACAGUCUGAAUUAUGGAAUAGUCUCUCCAGUUUCGUUUUAGAUUAUGUACCCAUCUGUCUGGGUGUGUAUCUCAUGCAGGACGUGAUGCUGAUCAUGUCCGCAUUUUAAGCCAGACGUUCAUGGGAGCAUGCGGCUCACAACACCAGCACUAUUGUUACAGUUGUAAAAUACUGUAUCUACUGCAGCAGUAUGUACAGAGAGAAAUGUAUUCUCAGUAAUGUUUUAUUAUAUGAAAUAUGAGACAUAUGAAAGAAAGGUGUGGUCAAAACAAGAUGCCUCCAUACCAUGUUCUUGUGUGAUUUUAGGUCAAACAUGUCAUCUGCCCUGUUGCGGAACUUGUAACAACACGGUUCAGUGUUACUUUUUUUUUUUUUGCAGAUUUAUGUUAAGAAAUAAAUUAUUGCCCUUUAUGUUCUUCUCAAUCUCUAACAACCCUGUUAUUCUUUAACAGGGCAUCUAUGCUUGGACAACAAGAGGCUUUGCAAGCUUUCACUAUGAAACAUUCUCCCAUCAGUAUCACAAAUUGAACAUGCCUCUGAAUCAAAAUGAUUAGUACAGAAUAUUAAUAUCUCCCUUCAUAAAUCACUGAAAAGCAACCCUGAAGCAUGAUGGUAGGGCUGCAGUUAUAUUUGGUUUGCACCAAACAUUCAGGACACUGGGUUAAUUUUAGUGUCCUGAGACCACAAUUAUUUACAUAAAAAAAGCUUCUAGCAAAAUUCAGGCAUGAUGUAAUGUUCAUCUUUUUCAGAAGUGGUUUCCUUCUUGUCGAAGAGUGCCAAAUCUGCAGUGCUAAGAAUAUUGAUGCCAGCCAAAAUGCUCUGCAUCGCGGUCAGUAGUGUAGCUGGCCUCUUGGUCACCUGUAUGACAUCUUCUCUCUUUUAUUCUCUUGCUCAGUUAGGCCUGGAUUGUGCCCAGUGUUUCUUUCAUCCAUUCUGUUCAACUGAACUUAAUGUGUAUAGGGAGACUUAAACCUUUGCCAAUAAUAUUAUAACCUUUUGAAGCUUUUGUAAUUCUUCAGUUCUUCUGAAAGUUCCAUUUCACGGGCUGAUAUUUUGUUUUAGUGAACAGAAGCAGGCCAACACAGUAAAAUAGCUGAUUAUAUCACUUAAUUUAAUGUAUUUAAAACAGUUUUAGUAUGAUUAUGUAUGACUUUCUUCUGUGAAACAUGAGUUGUUAGGCUGUCAUCUGCCUGAUAUUCUCAAUUCUCAAAAAAAAAAGUAUCAGGAACAACAUGAAGGUGAGUACACGAUGACCAUUUUUAUUUUGGGUGAACUAUUACUUUAAUGGCGGAAAGAAACUUUCAAUGCAAUUUUACUGUGUACCACAAGAGACCGGCAAUGUGUUUAUAAUCCAAAGAGAAUUCACGUUUGAGAGGUUGUGUGUUUAUGUAUGGCUGCAUUUUUAUUAUGUGUGUUCAUAUAUAUG